AUGAAGCCGGCCUAUGACCUCCUUCUCCCCGACACGUCGGUCAUGUUCCAGGAACUAGAGCGGGCGAACCACUUCAUGUCCUCCGAAUUGUGGCUUCUCAAUCGGAUGCUCUACAAGAACAAAAAUCAGGGUGGCAAGAAGGAGGUGAGGCCGCACCACGUACCGCCGACGAAGGUCGAGCUCGAGUGCGUCCUCUAUUGGCUCCUCGCUGUCGCGGUCUUUACCAACGAGGUGUUGAGCGUCAUCGAGAAGGGCUCGCUGGACAUGAUGUCCCUGCUCGAGCAGACCUUCUUCAUGCCCUUUGCUCUCACGGCCCUGGGAGUGUUGAGUCGGUUCUAUGCGCUGUGCAAGUUCGUCCUCGUGCAGCUCGACUGCCUGUAUGGCGCCCUGCACCGAGCCUUGGAGUUCUACCCCAAGAAGGAGCUGGACGUGACCACGGCGGAUCAUGCGAGCCGACGGCACGUGGUGGACCAGUUCGCCGGCCUUCUGGGCUCUCUUCCGGUCUUGCUCGAGCAGCGUCUCAAGGAAAGCGAAACGGCGCAGUCCGUGGCGCUCGCGCAGGUCAUGAAGCAGAUGGCGGCCACCUACACGGAGGCCUCCCAGUCUCUUGCCUUGCCAGCCCCCGCGUCUUCGUCUGCGACCACAACAACCUCGUCUGCGGCUGCUGUAGGCACUUCGGCGACUACUAGCACUCCCGCCUCAUCGACGCCGUCAUCAUCGUCGCGUAAGCGCAAGGCCGCCGCGAGCGUCAGCGUGCCUCCGUCGCCCGCGGCCGCAGAUCUCCCCCUGCUGGUACCCAUAGCGUCGACGCCGACGCCGACGCCGACGCCGACGCCAAAAGCGAAAACGAAAGCGAAGGCGCCGCCAUCGGUCCAGGUCAUGGAGGAAUCGGCCUUCAAAUACCGGGAAGUCGGCGCCCGCGCGAAGAAGCGAAAGACGAGCGAAACAACGACGGCGACCACCGCCACCGCAGCUUCUCCUACUCCUGCUUCGUCGUCAUCGUCAUCAUCAACAACGGCCUCGAUAUCAUCUUCAACUCCAGCAACGCCAGCGCCGGCGCUCAAGGCGGUAUCGAUGAAGCCGGCGACGACGACGCCCAAGAGUAAGGUGAAGAAGAGUGCCGUGUCGAUGUCAGCAGCACCACCUGUAGCAAAGGCCGGGGCGACCGACAACGCCAAGUCCAGCGAGAGCCUGGAUGACAUCAUGGCCGCGCUCCUGCCCGGGAAGAAGACCAAGAAGCCAGCGACGCCCACCACGACCACCAAAGCAGCGGCCACCACGACGCCGGCGGGCAAGGAGGAGGCCUCGCCGGCCGCCGAGAAGGUCGCGACGAAGACAAAGACGAAGAAGGCGAGCGCGGGCAGCCUGGACGACAUCUUCGCGUCGUUGAUGCCCUCGUCGUCAUCAUCGUCAUCCGGCAACAAGAAGACGCCAACCAAGAAGAGGAAGCAGACCCACUAA